GGUAAUUCAAUUCACCGAACUUGAAUUUCCGUAUUGGACACAACGGAUAGAAGCUACCUUGUACCAAAACCCUCUCCAGAACCCUAAACUGAAUUUCCCGUCAGCAUACUCGCUAACAGUCAAAGCAAUGGCUUUGGCGAUCUCAUAUGUCUUUAACUGCGCUAAACCCCAAAUUGCGCUGAGAAAUUGCAAUCUCAAACACUCGCUUUCAAUUUUUGCUCCUACGAUUAUCAGAUUUUCUAGAAGUGUUCCAGAGAAUAAAAGGCUGGUUUGCGUUGCUGCAUCUGCAGCAGGAAGUUCUAGUCCAGAUAGUGACCUAAACCCAUAUGAGGGUAUUUCAGGUCCUUGGCGUGAGCCCCUUUGAGGGGUUUGACAAAGUGAAGGCAGCAUAUACAAAAAAGCUCAAGGAGGCUGAGAGCAUAGGUGAUGAAGUGACUGCUUCUCUGCUUGAAAAGGCGUAUGAUAAACUGAUGAUGUCACAGUUAACAAGUCGUAAGAAGGGUGUAGCCUAUGGUUCAUUUAAGGUUUCAAAGGACAUAAAAUAUGCUGAUAAGCAGCCAAUUGUACCAUGGGGACCAAGGUUUGCCAAGUCCAGUAUCCAAGACAUGCGCAUCAAUUUGGCAAUAUCUGGUGCAUUUAUAGCUUGGAUUCUUAUCAAACGCAAUGCUGAUUACAAACCUCUGCAGUUUUUGGCUUUUGCAUUCGUAUAUAGAAUUUUUGAGAAGUUAAAAUCCUUUGAACCACCUGUAUCUCCAACAUUUACGGAAGAUGGUGAAGAUGAUGGGCGAGCAUUGCGAAUGGGAAAACGACUCCUCCGUUCUCUUGCACUAGUUUUUGGCUGUAUCGCUUUUGCUUCUCUGGCAUACACUGGUAUCUUGAAUUUGAUUGAGUUUGCUGGCAGUUAUAUACCCGCUUUUCUAUACAAUAAUCAGGAACUGUUAGUCACCACUUCCUCAGCUAUCAUUCUGUACAUUUUGGGAUCAUACUAUCGUUAAUGUAUUGGUGAAAAGAUCAACAGCAAUGCAGCUGGGCUUUUUUUCUUUUGAGAAACUGGCUUCGUUCUAAAUUUAUUUAGCGGUCAAAUCUAUUGUGUGGGGAACUUUGUAAGAUUAAAAAAUAAAAUUAAUAGGAAAAAAAUUUUGGUUAAAUUUUAAUGGAAGUUGCAAUUUGUUUUGAUGCGGCUUUGAACAUUAGACAAAUUUCUUGUUUAAUUUGUUGCUAUUACCAAAGGCCCUUAAGAUGUCAUGUGAAGGCUAAA